AUGUCUGGCAACGACUCUCACCGCGGUGGCAUCCUUUCAGAGAUGGCUCCUACUGGAACCACGAUGCCUAAUGAUGCCGGUCUUCAAAAUACCAUCCCAUCAAAGGCACGCCUAGAUCAGCAAGGAGAGGACCAUCGCUUCAGCUACGAUGGACUUGCCCAGCCCAAUAUGGCUUCUGCCGCCGACAACGCCACUGAUAUGCCACGAAGCGCUCGCGAUGUAGGCCAGACUGGUGAAGUUAUGACCGGGACUGGUGAUUCUCUACCGGCAGAAAUUGAGACCAAAAAUUUACACUACCAAGCCAAUGAUCCUGGCGCCAAGGGUCAUGACCGUACAUUCAAGCAUGCCGUGAAGAACCGCGGCGCGUUCGAUAAGUUGGUUGGCGACGAUCCUGAAGGAGCUCAAGCUGUUGCCGAGCCCGAGCAGAGGGCUUAG